AGAAUAAUUUGUCAUCCAAUAUUGAAAAGCAAUCAGAAAAACACCUGUUGUAGAUAUCCUGUAUAUAGUUAUGCUGCCUUCAGUUGCACAAAUGCAGUAUCUAUGUGAAACCCUUAUACCAUAUUUUAUUUAUGAAUAAACUCUUAUUUAGAAAUGUUUUACUACCUUUCUGAUAAGCACACUAGAUAGAUUCGCUCGGUUUGCAUUUGUUACGUACAACAUACAUCAUAUGAAUUCUUUUCACUUCAUGUGCUUUUGCUACUGAGGGCGGUAUAGUACUCUUAAUGCAGUAGCAGUAGGUGACGUUUUGUAUUUCAUAAAUUCAGUGUUCUUUUCACUAUGUUCAUUUUGUAUUUUUAUGUUGGUAAUGUUCUGUAAAUUGCCAUUUGUCUUUAGAACAACUUAGAUAUUAUUAUAAUUAUAGAAUAUUUAAAAAAUGGAGAGCCAAUGGUCUGUAGUGUUAUUCGAAGACGGGCUACAGUUGGUUCCUACUGAUUGGAUUGUGGGAAACAGUUGCUAUUGGCCCACGUUUACUAGUACCACACGGUACGAAAAAGCGGUUAAAAGCAGGGAGCCGCCAAAUGAAGGAUGGUCCCUUUAUGAAAUGCGCGUUUUAGGAACUUUUUCCUCAUAUGAAACCGCAAGGCGAAAACUAAUAAUAGCAGAGGAACACUCUGAUUUGAAUACAGAUCAUGAAUUAUCCAAAGAAAAUCGGAGGCGUAAAAAAAAAGAUUAUUUCGUCUAGUGAAGAAGAAGAGGAGGAUUCUCAAGUUGGCGUUUUAAACAUAUCAGAAUUUCCUGAUCUACCUCAAGAUAUUCGGAAGAAUGAUUCAACUGAAGUUUCAGCAUCCAGUUCAAGGAGACUUCUACUACAAGAAUCUCAAGCACAUGUAAUGCCACGCUCACAGUGUUCCACGCCAUCUAGUAGAAAUGAUGAAGCAUCCAGUUCAAGGAGACUUCCACUACAAGAAUCUCAAACAUAUGUAAUGUCACGCAAACCUGAUGAAGGGUUUGAGGAGAAGCUGUUUAAAGAGCUGUCUUUUAUAAGGGUUCAUUUAGUGAAAAUUGGCCAACAACUGUCAGUACUAGAAUUGAACAUGAAAUCUCAUCAACUUCAAGAUAAUGACAAGAACGAGGAGAAACAUGAUAACUUUGAAGAGAUAAUACGCAAGUUUCCUUUGGAUACCGAAUUAGAUCUAAGAAACAUGGAGGUUUAUCUUCUCAACAACCCUGAUUUUAAGAAAUACCUAAUCAAUUACUGCAGUCGAUUAGGAGGACUAAAAAUUGAUCAAAUCACCAAAAUUAUGUUAAGAAAACUAAUUUCAAAUAAACUAGCAGCCAACUACAGCUGGCUAGGAGCUAAAAAGAAGCAAUCUUUCAACCUGCUGAUUGCAGAGGUUAUUUUAUGUGCCGUAAAGCAAAAUAAGUUAAUUGGUGAGACCACCGAGAAGGAAAUGAUUGACUCUGUAAAAAAUUGGUUAAAACAUGCACAUGUGAGGUAUACCAACCAAUGUAAACGGGAACAAAAGGGCGCAGAAGAACCUACAGGAUAAGUUGUUUUUCUUUUUUAUAAAUUUCUUAAUCUUAACUAUUAUAUUUUAUAUUAUUACUAUUCUGGUUUUAUACACAUGAAUAUUUUGUGCUUUUUAAGUUGUAACUAAUAAAUAAAUCAUACAUU